UUCAUUGUGGUGAUCCUCGCCGCCGGGAUGGUGGCGUUUAUCGGAGCGGUCAUCUGCAUCAUCGCCGCGGUGCACACUGGCUCCUCCAGAGCGGCCGCGGCGCAGCAGCAGCCCGUCUCUGAGAACCAGUCCGUGUACCCGGACUCUGCGGUGAACACUCCGGCCGCGGGAGGCUCUGCGGCUCGGGCCAGCUCUCUGGGAGCUCUCCAUGGUUCUGAAACACCCGGCCCCGAAGCGCCCACUUUUAACAUCGGCCUGAGCGGAGUGACCGGACUCACCGGGCACGACCCCGCCGUGAGCCGCCUCAUCUGCACGCCCAUACCCGCCGGAGAGUGCAACGAGGGAAAGUUUGAGCAACAAGCCGACGACCCUUCGCUCUACGCGGGAGAAGACUGGGGCUACCUCCGCACCACGGCAGACGACCUCCGGCAGACCGUGCUCCAGCAGAAGGACCAGAUACUGAACGACCAGCGCACUAUCCAGGAACUCACGGGCAAACUGUCCGAGUGUGAGAAGGGACUCCACGGCCGCACCAGGCGCGGAGGUCCCGCGGGGCUGUGGGGAGGCACUACCGAGGACCUCCACCUGGAGCACAUGGUCCGGGACAGUCCGGACUCUGGGCCGGACAGCGCACACAUACUCACCGUGAGAGCCGUGGAUGAGCUGGAGCAGGCCAUCGCUCAGCUCAAAGACCGCAUCGAAAAACUGGAGUCCGACAUCGGCCCGUUUCCUCACAACCUGACGGACGUGGUGACAAGUGCGGGCCAGCCAGAGGAACCGAGGAGCGCUGUCCCAGAGCCCGCGCCCCCUGUCCCCCCUCACACUGCCGGGGGGGACGUGUCCAGGGGGACGGAGGACCUGGAGGGCGAGCUGCAGAAGAAAUUGGACCUGUUGGACAAAGAGAGAAAGGCCCUCAGGCUAGAAACGCACAAGCAGAGGCAGGCGAUCGACCAGAGCAUCGCUAAACUCCACCACCGCAUCUCAGGCCUGGAGGAAGGUAUCCCAGGCCGGGCGUUCCCAGAGGGUUUCAGGCUGUCCUUCCCCACCAGGACAAACUACAUGUACGCAGUAGUGAACCAGCACAUCCCAAAGCUCCACGCCUUCACCGUGUGCAUGUGGCUCCGGCCCGCAGACAAGGGCAUCGGAACUCCCCUGUCCUACGCCGUCCCCGAGCAGCCCAACGAAGUGGUGCUACUGCAAGGCCUGCGUACUCCCGUAGAGCUGCUCAUCAAUGACAAGGUGGUGCAGCUGCCCUUAAACAUCACCAGGGGCAGUUGGCAGCACAUCUGUGUGAGCUGGAGUCAGAGGGGGGGCACCUGGCAGGCCUACCAGGGGGGCAGGCUGAGAGGUGAGGGUCACUCUCUGGCCGCGGGACACCACAUCCGCCCUGGAGGAGUGCUGGUCCUGGGACAAGAGCAGGACACCGUUGGAGGGGGCUUCGACUCCACCCAGGCGCUGGUCGGAGAGAUGUCCCAGGUGGGCAUGUGGGACCGGGUCUUGUCCGCUAACCAAGUGGCGAGCCUGUCACGGUGCAGCAAGAUAACCCAGGGCGGGGUGGCCGUGUGGACUGAGAGCCAAAUACAAGUGCACGGAGGGGCCACCAAGGACCCGGGUGAGCCUUGUAGUAAACAUAGCAGCAGCUCCCAGUGA